AUGAGAACUUUAAAGACUCAAAACACAAGUGGAAGAACAAGAAGAAGCUGCGACAAGCUCAAAAGUACUAGAAGAGCACAUGUGUUAGGUAGAAGUGAUGGAGAGAAGAAGGUAAUGGAGAAGCUACAAGCGUUGAAGAGUCUUCUUCCUCCAAUGAUACAACAGAGCAAGUCCUCAUCGGAUGAUGUUGGCACGGAAGAGCUGUUUCAAGACACGGCGGAUUAUAUUGUCCGGCUUAGAACACAAGUUGUUGUAUUAAAGAAACUGAUUGAGAUUUGUGACAACUCUUCUGACCAGAGUAAAGAAGUUGUAUUAUAA